CAUUGUGUUUCCGCGGCUCAAUAAAAACGGUCGAACCAUCAUCAUGGCCCUUCUGCUCAAACGGUGCUACCUCUUCUACAAUUGGGCAAUGCACGAUGUUUCAGAUACUCGGACGAAUGAUCUUCCUUUAGUCAAAUCGAUAUUUUACCCAUUGACGAUUAUAGGAAUCUACAUAUAUUUCGUGCUGCACUUCGGGCCGCGGUUAAUGAAAAACAGGAAACCGUUCGAUCUGAAUAAACUGUUGAUUGUAUACAAUGCGCUGCAAGUGGCGUAUUGCACAAUCAUCGUUUACGAGGCCUCGAGGACUGUGCUCUUCAAAUACGAUUGGAGAUGCGCCCCAGUCGAUUAUGCCAACACGAAAGAAGCGAAAUACGUGACGCGACUGGUUUGGUCGUAUUACAUGAUCAAGAUCGCCGAUCUCCUAGACACGGUUUUCUUCGUGCUACGCAAGAAAUCGAAUCAGGUGACUUUCUUGCACGUUUACCACCAUGCCGGGAUGGUCAUGAUGACGUGGGGAGCGACCAAGUUCUUCCCAGGUGGUCACUGCAUCUACCUAGGUGUAAUAAACUGCUUCGUUCACGCCGUCAUGUACAUCUACUACCUACUCACAGCCUACGACAGCGAGUACAAAAACAGCAUCUGGUGGAAGAAGCACAUCACACAAUUGCAAUUAAUGCAAUUCACUUUCUUCUCGUUAAUAUACGGCCAAAUCUUAUUCAGACCAGACUGCCAAUUCCCCAGAUGGACGCAGAUCGUUUUCCUACCUCAAAACGCGUUCAUGAUGAUGCUCUUCGGCGAUUUCUAUUACAAGACGUACAUCAAGACGAAGCCAGCAAUAAUUGCAGAAUAGUUCCACCGAAGAGUUUCGCUACAUUAAUUUAUAAUAAAUUAUAUAACAUGUUUGCGUUUAA